GGUGCCCCGCGCCGCCGCCGCCACCGCCGUGACCAAGAUGGCCGGGAGUAAGUUCGGGACUCGCCGCCUUCCUCAAGAAUGCCUGGGCCAAGGAGCCGGUGCUGGUCGCGUCCUUCACCAUCGCGGGCCUCGGUGCGUGAGCGCGAACGUGCAUCCCAACCGGCGUCCCCGCUUUACCUUCCCCACCCGCCCCAAAGCUAUAGUCCUGCCCAUCGUCAGCCCCUACACCAAGUAUGCUGCCAUGAUCAACAAGGUCACACCCUACACCUACCCAGUGCCCGUCCGAGAUGAUGGGAACAUGCCCGACGUGCCCAGCCACCCCCAGGACCCCCAGGGCCCAAGCCUGGAGUGGCUGAAGAAACUGUGAACACCUCUACUGACCAGAAGGACAUCCCCUCCCCUAUGGCCCCCAAUAAAGAUGUGAAAACCGA